UCGGAUGGGGUGCCGCGCCCUGGGAUUUCUAGUCCUUGCUAGCCACACCUCUGCAGAGAAUAUGAGGGCAGGGCUCUGUGGACUGCACUGAGGCCAACAGAGUGCACUUUGGCCAGAGCUGCCUAGUUCAUUUCACCUCUGGGAGCUGACAGGGGCAUGCUCGGGGGAAACGGCUGAUGAUGGCAGAAGACCCCCUGUCCCACCCCGCCCUGGAUAAGGCGGCCGGCGAAGAGUUCCUGCAGGAAGCUUUCCAGAUCAUCCUGGAGGAAGCCGUCAGGAAAGGGACAGAUGUCGCAGAAAAGGUCUGUGACUGGAGGGAGCCCCAAGAUCUGCAGAAAAUCCUGGACCUGGAGCUGAGGAGCAGUGGGGAGCCCCAGCAGAGGGUGCUGGAGCACUGCCGGGACGUCAUCCACUACAGCGUGAAAACAUGUCAUCCUCAUUUCUUUAACCAGCUGUUUUCGGGGCUGGAUCCCCAUGCCCUGGUGGGACGGAUGAUCACAGAGACGCUCAACACCAGCCAGUACACCUACGAGAUCGCCCCCGUGUUUGUGCUGAUGGAGGAGGUGGUGCUGAAGAAGCUGCGGGAGCUGAUUGGCUGGGGGAGUGGAGACGGGAUAUUCUGCCCAGGAGGCUCCCUCUCCAAUAUAUAUGCCAUGAACGUGGCGCGGUACCAGCGCUUCCCAGACAGCAAGCGGACGGGCAUCUGGGCAUUGCCAAGGCUGGCGGUGUUUACUUCGCAAGAGUGCCACUACUCCGUCCACAAGGGGGCGGCUUUCCUGGGCAUUGGCACAGACAACAUCUACCUGGUCGGAGUGGAUGAGAGGGGGAAAAUGAUCCCUGCAGACCUGGAGAAACAGAUCAACAAGGCAAAAUCUGAGGGCGCCUGUCCUUUCUUCGUCAAUGCCACCUGCGGCACCACUGUGCUGGGAGCCUUCGACCCACUGGUGGACGUGGCAGACCUAUGCGAGCGCCACGGGGCCUGGUUUCACGUGGACGCCGCAUGGGGUGGGAGCGCCCUGCUCUCCAGAAGACACAGACAUCUCCUGCGUGGGAUAGAGAGGGCGGAUUCGGUGGCUUGGAACCCCCACAAGAUGCUGAUGACGGGUUUGCAGUGCUCUGCCUUCCUGCUUCGAGAUAGCUCCGGCCUGCUGCAGCGGUGCCACUGCGCCAAUGCCACCUACCUCUUCCAGACCGACAAGUUCUACGACAUGGCCUACGACACGGGAGACAAGACCGUCCAGUGUGGCCGCAAGGUGGACUGCCUCAAGCUGUGGCUGAUGUGGAAGGCCAAUGGGACCGAGGGGCUGGAGAAGCGAGUGGACAGGGCCUUCGAGUUCACUAGGUACCUGACUGAGGAGAUAAAGAAAAGGGAAAGUUUCCAGCUGGUGAUAGAGCCCGAGUUCAUCAAUCUGUGUUUCUGGUUUGUGCCGCCCAGCCUCCGGGGCAAGCAGGGCUGUGCCGAUUACUGGGAGAGACUAGGAAAGGUGGCUCCAGCUAUCAAGGAGCGGAUGACGAAGAAAGGGUCCAUGAUGGUGGGCUACCAACCCCUUGGCAGCAAGGUCAACUUCUUCCGCCAGGUUGUCACAAAUCCCGUGGUCACCAAGCAGGACUUGGACUUCUUCCUGGAUGAGAUCGAGAGACUGGGCACAGAUUUGUAGGGAUCUCAUGCCCCCCUCCUCACCAUCAGCUCCUGGCAGGUCUCCCAGUGAUGGUGGGACAUCACAUCCACUCCUGCCCAUGGUAUCCUUCUCCACAGCCUCCAGCAGGCACUACCAUGAUAACACAAUUCACCAGAGUUCAGGUGUUCAGAUGCUGGCCUCGCCCACAUGUCCUGCGUAGACAUUACACCAGAGAGGAACUCAGCUUUUGUACUUCUGUCUAGCAACUCCCUCUCUUCCUCUCCUGGGUCCUUUUGAGAGAAGGGACAUUGUGAAGGCCCAGAAGAGGGUAGCACCUGAGGUUACUGAAAAGAUGGUAGCAUUCUUCUUGAGAAUAUCAGCUAGCACAUGAUUCCAGAGCUUUCCUUUGGCUGUGACCUGAGGCAGCUCCAGUAAGACUCCGUGGGGACUUGGGUACAUCUUGGACAAGUUGGAAGAGGAUGCUUAUCUUGGAUUCUGGAGGUGGACAUUUCAGCCCCAGCCUGCGGACAAGUAGAACAUCAACAUCUGGUGCAACAGACCAGGGUCUGGGAUGUACGCCCAACAGACACAGCUGAUCACGUAGGAGGAAUGGCGGUUGUGGGGCAGUCCACACGUGCCCUGGAGAUGUACUGAGCUGUGUGGAACUGUCACAAAGCUCCACCUGGAUUGCCUCCAAACAGCCUUUUCAAGUCAAACGAAACUGCCGAAAGCCGCUUCUCAAGCUGCUACCAAGCGAUCGCGGUUCUCCUUUGUCGUUCCUCCCCUGCCCUUAACAGCACUCUGGCCUAGGUACUGUAUUUGUGAUUCAUUUAAUUAAGCGCAUGAUGUCAGUUCUUAAUAAAUGCUUGGUAAAUGCUCCCCCCCCCCAGCAUUUCAUAAGCAGCACAGUAGUAAACGUUGGCUUUUGGUUUUAGAGCCAAACCACUGCUACGUUUGUUAAAUCGCCAUACCAGCCCCCCGCCCCCCAUAUUGUAUUGCACUUGCCUGCUAACUAAAAUGACUCACCUUAAAACGGUCUUAAAGAGACCACCGGGCUUAUGGUGAGCUUAGAAGUUCACUGCUGCAAGAAGUCUUGCAACAUUGCCUACUGCUCCAGAGAAUCGGUAACACAACUUAUAGCUGGAGAGACAGCAUGGUCCAGUGGCUAGAACACUGCCCUGGGACUCUAUUCCCAGCUCGCUCUCUUUCUGUAGCUGUGAAUGAGUCACUUCCCCUCCCCGAGCUUCAGUUUCCUUGUCUGUGAAAAGAGGACAAUGAGACUGACCUGCUUUGAGAUCUAUGCGUUGUCUGAGAGCUCAUAAGAACAGCCAGACUGGGUCAGACCAAUGGUCCAUCUAGCCUGGUAUCCUGUCUUCUGACAGCAGCCGGUACCAGAUGCUUAGAGGGAAUGAACAGAACAGGGCAAUGAUUGAGUGAUCCAGUCCCAGCUCGUGGCCAUCAGAGGUUCAGGGACACCCAAAGCAUGGGUUGUGUCCCUGACCAUCUUGGCUGAGAAGUUCAUGGAGGAUAGGUCCAUUAAUGGCUCUCAUUCCUUUUGGACCCCAGUUACCCUUUUGGCCUUCACAACAUCCUCAUCUUUUUGCAGCUCCCGGCCUGCUUGCUAUCUGUCCUCCUCUCUGCAGCCAGCUCCCUCCUUGCUCGCUAUCUGUCCUCCUCUCUGCAGCCAGCUCCCUCCUUGCGCGCUAUCUGUCCUCCUCUCUGCAGCCAGCUCCCUCCUUGCGCGCUAUCUGUCUUCCCAUCUGCAGCCAGCUCACAGCUGUUCAGGCUUCUGCCUCCAACCAUUUUGCUCUCAUGUAGCCUCCCUGUGUGCCCCCAUGCACCAGGUUGGGGUCCGGGGGGGGGGUAUACAGACCCCCUGCUGGCUGGAUGUGGUAUUGGCUUGUGCCCGCACUGAGAGCCAAGGGGUUCAUGCUGGCACUUUAACACGUUGAGGUGGGGGAACCGCAGCUUUAACUUGACUCGAGGCCUCAUCACCACUGGGCAUUUAGC